UUGACAGCGACAGCGUUGUUUAGGAGACAAACAAGGACGUGUUGGAGGGGACUAUUUUUCUCUCCUCGUUCCUCCCGAUCUCGCACUGACAGUUUCUCAACGCACCUAGAUUUCUGACGAUAUGGCGGCUUCAGAUCGGGCUGUCUACUGUAAGUCUGAUGAGUAAUCCCCCCCCUGGUCCUGUCCUCCAUUGUGGUCGACAUGGCGAGCCACUACCGGCCGCCGUCCCCCCUGGAGGAUUCGGUGCUGGGCAGCCCGGUGUGUGGGGACUUCCUUGGGGGCAUGGAGGAGCUGCAGGACAUCCCCCAGUCCAUCGACGGUGACGCCCUCAGCUCCUUGGACGUCCCCGAGUACCAGUCCCAGUCGAGUAACGGCUCGGAAGGAUCCACCGUUCUAGAUGCUCUGACCCCAGCAUCCAGCCCGUCGUCAGGGGGGUAUGGGGCGGCUGCAGGGCUGGAGGAGUUCUCCUCCACCUCUCUCAACCUGGAGUGUCGGGUGUGUGCCGACCGCGCCUCCGGAUACCACUACGGAGUUCACGCCUGUGAGGGCUGCAAGGGUUUCUUUCGGCGGACCAUCCGCCUGAAGCUGGAAUAUGACAAGUGUGAGCGUCGCUGUAAGAUACAGAAGAAGAACCGGAACAAGUGCCAAUACUGCCGCUUCCAGAAGUGCCUGUCUGUGGGCAUGUCUCACAAUGCGAUCCGUUUUGGUCGGAUGCCCCAGUCUGAGAAGCUGAAGCUGAAGGCAGAGAUCCUGACGGGUGACAGGGACGUGGAGGACCCCCAGCAGGCCGACCAGAAGACUUUGGCCAGGCACAUUUAUGAGGCCUACCUCAAGAACUUCAACAUGAACAAGGCCAAAGCCCGCACCAUCCUCACUGGCAAGACGAGCACUCCACCCUUCGUCAUCCAUGACAUGGAGACCCUCCAGCUGGCAGAGCAGACCCUGGUGGCUAAGAUGGUGGGCACGGCCGGAGGCCAUCUGCUUGAGAAGGAGGCUGAGGUCCGCAUCUUCCACUGCUGCCAGUGCACCUCCGUAGAGACGGUCACAGAGCUAACCGAGUUCGCCAAGUCUGUCCCCGGCUUCUCCAGCCUGGACCUGAACGACCAGGUGACUCUGCUGAAGUACGGUGUGUACGAGGCACUGUUCGCCCUGCUGGCAUCGUGUAUGAACAAGGACGGCCUCCUGGUGGCCUACGGAUCGGGUUUCAUCACCAGGGAGUUCCUCAAGAGUCUGAGGAGGCCCUUCAGCGACAUGAUGGAGCCAAAGUUUCAGUUCGCCAUGAAGUUCAACGGGCUGGAGCUGGAUGACAGUGACCUGGCUCUGUUUGUGGCUGCCAUCAUCUGCUGUGGAGACCGCCCUGGCCUGGUGAAUGUGACCCACAUCGAGUGCAUGCAGGAGAACAUUGUUCAGGUGCUGCAGCUCCACCUGCUGGCCAACCACCCAGACGACACCUUCCUCUUCCCCAAUCUGCUGCAGAAACUUGCCGACCUCCGUCAACUGGUCACCGAGCACGCGCAGUUGGUCCAGGAGAUCAAGAAGACAGAGGACACGUCACUCCACCCCCUGCUGCAGGAGAUCUAUAGGGACAUGUACUGAGAUAUUGAGCCCAGGGAGAAGGGCUGGGGGCUGAGAACACACACCUCACCCUCCAUUUUGGGGACAUGUACUGAGCCUAGAAAGGAGGUGGUCUGCCAUUUUGGGGACGCAGGCGUGAACAGUCCCACGGUGAUAGGGUUGAACCACUGAACCCCCAGAUACAGGGUUGCGCGUGUUUCUCAGCAGCGAGAGUAUUGGUGUUUAUGAGGCCCAGACAUCACAGGACAAGACAGAACUACAGGACACUAUUCUGGGGCACCUGCAGCUGGGUCCACUACUCCUACAUGGACCUAUAGGGCCGUAUUACGUGUGUGGAGAGGCAGUGUGGGGCUGAAUUGAGUCUCCUGUCCUAUCCUAGUGUUUAUCCUAAUGCAGUUCCCAGCGAGAGAACAUGUAUCGGGCUGGAGUACACAGAUCAAAUAAUACAUUUCUGUUUUGGGUAAGAAAGAUUCAGUCAGACUCUAACCGGCAGAAUCCCUGCUUAGGUACACGCUUAAAGGGGCCUACACUGAGCCGUACUCCGGCACUAGAGUGAAGAACAGCAGAACUUACUCUUCAGAACACCACUCCAGCGGUAUGUUUAUAACUAUGCCUUUGUGUACCGAACGUGAGAGCGAGAGGAAAGAAUGAUAGUGAUGCCCACCUACUUUGCAGUAAAGACACCCAAGUGACUUCAAUGCCGACUACAGAUUUUGGAUGUGAGUGACUGUGUCUCACAGCAAGGCAGCUUUUUCAGUGAUUGGCUGUGCUCCCCCAGUGAAGUACAGAUGUAGGUUCUUUAUUUGAGAUGGUUUUGCUACAGCAGGAUAGUACUUCUGCAGCAACAGGAAAUGUGAAUUAUAAUUCAUGGACAUUUUCUGUCGGGGUUGAUACCUUUUCCGUUAGUGCAAGUCUGAAAUGUAAAAGGAGAAAUUGCUAACGCUAGAAACCUUUUGCCCUACACGUUUGCAUUUCCUGCUGUGCAGGAAAAUUCUCAGUGACUAAAAGAGUGAUUUAAGAUCCUACAUCUGUCAUGGGAUUGCAUGGUCAGUUUCCUAAUGCACCAUACUGUACCAGACUAUUGUCCCUCAGAUGCAGUUGCAGCGGCUCAAAAUCCAACUCACAGGACAAGUAAAUGUAACAGAUUGCUUCAUUCAUUUUGGGAAAGCUCUCCUGUGCCUUAUCAAAUUCUUUCACCUGCUUAGGCGAUAACAAAUCAUGUAUUAUCAAUGGGAUUCCUCUAGCCAUUGAUUUAACAUGGUCACGUUCACUUAUGUUAUCAUGGAUGAGGCUAAAGAGUUUCAGUAAUUGCUCCCUCUUUGUCUCUCUGAAUAUUCUGUCCUUUGCUAUUUUCGACAGACAGACACACUCUUGGCCUCAACAGGCCUCCGUUGUUCCAACAUCAGUUUACUCUUCAGUCAUUCUACAGAGAAUUAUUCCCCAUGUGCUGUAUAGGGAUGGUUUCCACGUCCCUUACCAUUACCUCUCCUAUCUAGACCAAACUCUAACAGGGAGGCUUUGGUGCGCAUUAUAUUCAUUUCAUAAAACCAAUGUGAAUCUAAAUUAACUUUAACUAAUUUUUUUCAGUACUUUCACAAACAAAGGCAAACAAACUACCAUGUCAAUAGUGUUUCCCCCACCCUUCAGAACAUGGCUCUAUCAGGACAUUUUGUUUGGAAGUAGUUUGAUUUUCUUCAUAACAGACAUUCAGAAAAGACCACUGUCAGAGAUUCACUAUGUAAAUGCACCCACAAUGCAACACUAAAGCACAAGUAUGCUUCCGAGAUGUGAUAUGAGUCUAUGUGGUAUACUGUAACUCCGUAAUUAUGCCUUUUUGAGAAAAAAACACAAAUAUUUGGCACUCCAUCUUGUUUUACGUUCUGGUAUUAAAGGUCUAAUCCAACCUUUAAACUACAUUAAAACCUUAACACAUGCAGAUUGAGAGCAGGUUUACCACAUUUUAAGCAAUUUUAAGCAAUACCAGAAAGCCUGUUCUUUUACUCUCUCACUCAUAUUAUCACCCCCAUUACACAUAUCUGACUUACUCAAUCAUCUCUCUCUCUCUUACUCUCUCUUCUCUCCCUUUCUUGCUCUCUCUCUGUCACAGUGCCUCGUUUGGCUUGGUCCUCUUUCUUGCCCCAUAGAUUGAGGGCCCGAUUCAAUCUGUGGCGUGGAAGAUCUGCGUUGCAGCUCAGAUGACAUUUAAAGUUAAUUUCCGAUAGAGCCGACAAAUGCAGCGUUUAGUGUGAAUGCAAUCUCUGCAAACGCGGUAACAUUGCCUUUAAAUGUUAGAUCUUCCGAGCCCUUAGGUUCAGGGAAAUAUGCAACGCAACGAUGAUACUUUCUUUUGGAUUGAUGACAGAUGACCAUUGUUGCGCUCUCUUUUUCUUACAAAAUAGAAUAGCAAACAUUUCAACUCUGACUGGUAUAAUAUGGAAUGUCAACUAACCCAGCUCUCUCCGUGAUUUGAAAUAUUAAUGGAUGACAACUUACACCUGAAUGUUACAAUCUAGUAGAGAUGACACACUAAAACUGCUUCAUCAAACCAGCCAUCGAUCCCUCACAGAGCUAAUGGGAAUGCUGCAAAAGCAUAAUGAAAUAAUCAUUCACGUGUGCAUGUUUGUCUGACGGAAGUACGUUCUUAAGUGCAUUUUCUGUGAGGGAAUGUUUUUUUGUUCUUUGCUUACCGUACCAAAUUCUCAUCUGAAUCCAUAAAUCAAUGAUUUGGUUUCAUGUAAUGGACCUAGAUUCACUCGCUGCACCACAUUGUAUAAAUGCUUUGUACAUAGAUUCAGUGAUUAUGUGAUUGCUUGCCCCAACUAUAACUGGAGGUUUACAAGAUAUGAACUAAUAUUGGAUAUGUUUUGUAUUCCUCUUUGUCUGGUAAAUACUUUUCAAUGUUUUCAAUUGUACAGAAAUGCAGGUAUGUGUUUUGCUUAAAAGCCAAAUCCACACCCAAAAAUAUUUUGGUAUUUAUUUCAGUAGUCCACUGUCCACGAAAUGUAUUGCAUGUCAGCAGUGAAGUUUUUAAAAUAUAGGAUUUUCAGGAAGCAAAGUGUUUGCAUCAUAUGAUGCAUUUUGUAUCAUUAUGAUGAUGUGGCAAGUGACACUUUGCUUCUUGGAAGUCCAAUAUCUUGGAAAUUUGACUGCCAACAUGGACUAAUGAAAAAAAGACCACAAUAUCGAUUUGGGGGAUUUUUUCUUUUAAGCCCUACCUAAUUUGACCAUGUUAUAAUUGAGUUGGAUCUUAUUUUUAUACUAAAGCUAAAGCAUAUUUGUGAGUAGAUCGGAAAUUGUUCUGUUGAAGAGUGCAAUGUAAAUAGAGUAACUAAGAGUAACUAAGAGUAACUAAGUAACUGGUGAUAUAACCAUAGAUUUGAUUCCCAAUGGGGACAUUCCUUUUGUUAAUUCCCACACUAUAGAGGGAGAGUUAACAUGUUAUGUACAGUGUGUGCUGUGCUUAGCUUUAGGGAUACUAAAAGCACUCAUAGUUAAUAUCAAGACUUGACCGUGAAACCUGCUAUGGGUUAUUGGCACUACUUUUUCACUAGACAACGUGAUCUGGAUAUAAUCUUUGUCUUGAACAGACAAAAGUAAAUACUUAGCGUUAAGACUGGUAAUAAUACAGUACUUACAAGUCUCCUUCUACGUUGUCAUCUCAGGUUGAAGAUUAAAUAGUAGAGGAGAUGUUUAGGGCGUAGUUUCACGAUUCACAACAUAAAUGCUCCAUAAUUGCCUCUCCGUGUACUUCAAACCAAGCGGUUUUGUCGUUUUUGUGGCCCUAUUAUAUCCCUUCUCUGUAUUGAUGAAUAUAUACGACAUUAUGCACUCAUAACUUGUCCACUUAGACACAAUGCACAGCGAUUUCAUAACAGUCAAAUGCAGUUGAAGAAAAAUGCAGUAAUAAGAUGCAGUAUAUUGUUGAUUAACACGCUCCCAUUGUAUCAAGCUUUUUGUCCGCUUCCUUUCUCCUCCUCGCUCACUGCUAUGUUCUAACUUAACCAUAAUCCUGCCAUAUGUUAGAGGGCUGAAUUUCAAGCUGCCUGUAGUGGUAGUUCUAUAGUAUGUAUUCCUCGGGAAUGUCAGGCCUCCAUAGAAUGCAACAAUGCUUUAAUCCACUGCCACCUGGAUCUAGAUUCUAGAAUCGCCAGGUGAACUGAACACAUUAGGGAUUAAACACAACCCGUGCCUUAACCCAUGCCAUAGAACAUUAGACACAAUACAGUAUAGCCCUAAAGAUGCACACAGGUCUGUGUCACCAAGGUGCUGGUAUGGAUGUGACACUACACAGUACAGAGAUACACAAAGAGAGGAUAUGACAUAGUGACAGAAUUAGGGAAGGUAUCAGAAUUGUGAUAGGCAGACAGAUUAUUGUUGAAUCUGUGGAACACAAUGACUGUUUGGAAUCACGAUCUUCCAAAUGAGAGAGAUCUCUGUCUUGCAAUAGUGAAAAUACAAAACAAGGUAAAAUAAUGGUUCAAAUAUUAGAGAUUUCUGCUACCCUUAGUGAUUAUUUUGUGUUGAAUUGUCAAGCAACUUUUUACAAGUAUCAGGGAAAAUGUUGUCUUCCUUAGGUUGUCGUAGUUUAGGACAUAGCGGGGGACUCUUCUUCUUGUUGAGUUUAUAGGGCACUGCCAUACAGCACACAAAUAAUAAUAGCAAUAAUAAUAACAAAUAAAUAAAACUAUAUAGAAAUGACGAGGGCAUCAGAUAUAGGAAAUACAAUUUUGAUUCUGUAUUCAUUUACUAAAUGUCAUGGAGUUGAUGCAGUGUUUAUGUGUUGAUGCAGGUUUAUGUGUACUGUGGCUUUGUAUCAAUACUGUAAAUGUUUGACAAAUGUACUGUAUAUCUUAGUCAUUUAAACAAUAAACAAGUUGACUUUGAAUGGACUUUAAAAUAAAAUUAUUUUAAAA